AAGUUUAUAUAUUUUAUUCUUUAUAAAGAAUUUAAUAUAGUAAAAAGCUUAGUAUACGUAUUUAUUAAGGUUAUAUUUUUAAACUACGGUUUACUAAAAAAAAAUUAUUUUUAA